UAAAUAAAUAAAUAAAUAAACGGUCCCCUCUAGCUGUAGCUCCAGCUGUUGGGUGCAGCGUCGCGGAGUCGGAGGCUCAGUUGUUGGAUUAGGGGGUUGGGCUGCCUCGCUGUUCGGAAAGCCGCCGUCGUUGAGUUUGUCCCCAGUGGUCCCGCGUCGCUUCCCCGCAGCAGCAGCAGCGACACCGCCGCACCUCGCCGCCUCCAGCCGCACCUGCUGCCUCUCACACCGCAGCACAGCAGGCGGGACAAGGACGAGCUGAGCAGUCCUGAGGGAAAUAAAGGAGAAUAAUCAGGUUGAAAAUGGUCAAACUGGGGAGUAAUCUUCAGGACAAAGGGGCCAAAGCUGUGAGCGUGGAGGACGGCUUCCAAAAUGUGCCCCUCAUCACUCCUCUGGAUGUUGGCAGCCUCCAAAGCCAAGCACCUGACAAGGUGGUGGUGAAAACUCGCACGGAGUACCAGACAGAGAAGAAGCGACUGAGGGUUCCUAAGGUGGAGGAGUUCACCAUCAGCUUUACUGACGGAGUGUCCGAGAGACUCAAGGUGACAGUUCUGAUCAUCCUGGCCUUGGCCUUCCUUGCCUGCAUCGUGUUCCUGGUGGUUUAUAAAGCUUUCACCUACGACCACGCCUGCCCAGAUGGAUUCAUUUAUAAGCACAAGAGGUGUAUCCCAGCUUCUCUUGAGGCCUACUACGCUGCCCAAGAUGCCAACUCCAGGGGUCGCUUCUACACGGUGAUCAGCCACUACAGCAUGGCCAAGCAGACCACCUCUCACUCUGUCUCCCCCUGGCUGCCUGGAGGGGCAACAGGACACGAAGCUAAACCUCCGAGCGGCGAAGGCCACUGAGUUAGCUUCCAGGAUGUGAACACACACAAACACAUGAAAAUGAAAACAAGUGGAGGUAGACCAAGAACAACUCAUUGAUAAACAUUUAGAGCUAUAGACAAAAAGAAACAACAGCUAAAAAUAAAGAAUAGAGUAAAAACAUGCAUGCACACAUUGAGUUGGUGUAGAUUUAAAAUCAUCCAUCAUGGUUGUUCUAAAUGCUUGAAUAGAAGGCAACACAUUUUCCUUUCUUGGUUCUUGAAAACAUAUUUUUUUGGUUUUAUCCGACAUGUGGGGGGAGUCCAGUUGCCUUUUAUUCAAGCUCUCAGGAUGCCCAAAACAUCCCCUGAACAUGUGUAUGCUCAUUCUUUCCAGGGAUUAUUGUUUAUGGAUUUUGGCUGGUUCUUGCUCUCACACAGCCUGCAUAGUCUUGUUUACCUCCUUCAUCUAAUUUAUUAGACAUUUACUGUCAUGAUGUAUUUGUUUUUAAAUGUAAUGAACAGAUGUUUUGUAUGCCAUUGCCACUUUUUUUGUACAAAAGCACCAGUUACAGGUAAUUUUGUUUGUUUCGAAUAUCUCUACCACUCAUUUUUACGUGUUUAGUUUUGGGACUUUAAGCAUUUUCUUUUGCUGUAUUUUUUAAUAUAGUUCCUGUAACAUCACUCUAGUAUUCUCCAUCUUUUAUCAUUGUUUCUUAAAGAAUGCUUCUCAGCAGAUGGUCCGAGGUUAACGUCCACAGCUAGAAUGACUGCUGCUGUUUGAUAGCUUCUGUACAAUUACAUUUUCAAUGUGCUGUGCCAUAAACCCUGAAAUCACCCCAAGCUGUGCAUACAGUUGUGCACUCAGGCUAGCUUUGCGUGUUUGCAUUGUAGUAGCAAGGUUUCCUUUGUUAAGACCUACAGUUUAUUUAUGUGAACUAUAAAACUGCUUCAGCUGCCAGUCUCAUACUUUGAUUAAACACAAGUUGGCUGGUGGAAAUGGAGAUAUAGUGCACAUCACUGUUUCGUGUCAACGCUCCUAUGGGCUUCAGCUGCAGCUGAACUAUCUUUGUGUAUUGUUAUUUUUAAAUGUUGGAUCGAUUGUCGAAAGCGCUUUAAUCAGAUAUUGUGAUGUGUUAGUUGUAUUGAUACCUGGUGUAAUUUAUCAGCGUGUGUGACCUUGUCCCUGCCCUCUUGGUUUGAAUUCUGAAUAAAGACAAGCUGUGACCUGUGCUGAGUGUCUGUUCCACUGUGUUUCUGUUGCUCUGACAUCGUGGGCCCGAGCUGAUCGACAGCAGCUGCUUUCUUUUUUUUUUUUUCCA